AUGACCAAUAGAGAGCCUGCAUCGCGUCGUGUAGCAGCAGCAAGGACACCAGAGGCUAUGAGCUAUGGGCCUUAUAGAGGAGGAGCAUAUAGUGCCCCCUCUAUGCGUUAUGUUUCUCCUUAUUCUUCUCCUCCUGUCUUAGCGGGGCCCCCCUCCUAUGGGCCCUACGGUGUAUGCCCAGUGCAGCACGGGGGCCCCUCUUAUGGUGCCUCUCCUUAUGGAUAUCAGCAGCAGCAGCACGCCCCUCCCCCUGGUGCUGCUGCUGCUGCAGCAGCAGCAACUUAUCCCCCUGGAUGGCCUCCUGCUGCAGUACCCCCUGCUAGUGCUGUUGGGGGGGGCCCCUAUGCGGGGCCCCACAGGGGCCCCAUGCCUAUGCCUGUCUAUGGCGGUACCCCUGGAGGAAUGCCAGCCCCAUGGAGGCCACCUCAGUAG